GAGCAUCAUUUAACCUCGCUCAACCUCUGCCACCUGCAACGGAGCAUCUCUUCGGAUCCAGAUGAGGAGAAAUAUCUGGACCAAGUAUUGACUUUGGGCCAAACUGUGGAGUCAUGCUGGCAGGGCGUCUGAGAAAUUGGAUCUUACAUAAAGCGAGGUUUCAGGGUGUUGGAGCUUGUCCUAAUUUAGACUCAACAUAAAGUCACGAAACGAGGAGUGGUAAGAGUUCGGGCCCACUUCAGCUGCUGCCCAUUCUUUAUCAAUCAUUUACUCUGCCAAGCCCUACGGCCUUUACUUAUACAGUUUUAUCCACUGAAUCGGGCUCGUCAUCAUGGUACGCGUUUGUGCCCGUUUUGUCGACACUCUUUUCGCAUCCAGGAAUCUAAACAUGGAAUUCGCCUUCUCAGCCAUUCUCUCGCCCUCCUUACAUCCAUUUCUCUUUUCAUCUGCCCAUCUUAGAAUAAUCGUAGCUCAUGAAUUCUUCAUGCGGUCAAUCCAACAACGGAAAUGAACUCAGAUGAUGAUUCUUGUUCAACUCGAGGGUCCAAGGACCUUGUCUCCGCCCAACACGGAUAUGAAAGGAAAGGGAAGCGAGGAAAGUAGCGAGGACAUGAGAGGGCAGCGUUGUAAACGAUCCAUCUUUGGCGAAGAGGGGGAGAAGAUGACUUGACGAGUUGUCAUCAGGCGAGGAAAUCAUUCUUUUUCCUGAUGUGCAACUCGUAACUUUCCUAACCAAUCCCCAACCGCCGCUAUGCUGAAGGCAUCAUAAGAAAGAGUUUCGUGCCAUGGCAAAUAUAUUUCCCAGCAUGGCAAGGCAAGGCGGAGUCUUUUUGUGAAGGUGCGUAAGGCGAAUGACAUUCGAUGAAUGUCGACAAAGAUUCAACCACUUGGCAACAUCUGCAGUCUACAGUAUGUAAGCAUGUGGUUCGGUUUUCUCCUUUUGCCCGAUUCUCUCUUUUGCGGAAAAGCUAGUCCCAAGCAACCUUGACCUUCAACCUUGAAGACAAUUGUUCCUGCUGUAACUGUCCGAAUAUGGAACGAUUUCUUGGUCCACCUUCUCGUUGAAAACAUCUAUUCUCCUGUAUAUAUCGACGUCAAGACGCAAGCUAAUGCAAAUUUCUGUCCUUACUUUUCACUAUAAAAUCGUUCCGUCCUUUAUGGACUUGACAGAAGUCACAUGGUUCACCCGACACUCUAGGCAUUUCCUACAGGGCUGCUCUGCCCGAUCCGAUGGAAAAUAACUUAAGGAAAUGAGGCUACAAGAGACAGAGUGGAACUCAUGAGAUUCAAGUUACUUACGAGUGUUAGUCUGAGUUUAAUCUUAUUCAGGAGGAAGGACAGCUGUCACUGCUGUUGGUUUGCACCAGAAAAGCGAAAAGCAAAGCGUGGCUCACAUUUGGAAUCUUCCAAGGAGGUGAGCGCAGGAGAAUGAGGCGAUGUAGCGCGUAGAUUUGCCUCAUUGCCUAUUAUCCACUUCAGGUGAGGUUUCUCUAUUCACCACUAAUUUGACACUUUCUUCUCUUUCUAGGCGAUUAUGAUCCUCACAUUAGAUAGUUUGUGGACUUGGGUUGCCUUGAAGGUAGUCUCGCGUGCUCUGCUUCAAAGUGCAAAAGGCUGAGAGCUUUUUAGGCUUUGUUGAGUGCUGCUUCGAUCCAUCAUUAGCCUUCCUCCUUUAGGUUCAGUCCUAGACUUCACUUGAUAUAAUUUUGUAUGAGUGCUGUCCGGAGACCCAAAUAAUCCUGUCAUCCUCUUAGCUACCAUCUUUGUCUUAACACGAGUCCUGCGCCAUCAUGUCAUGUCUCCUCGCACUGAAUCUUUUUCUUUCAUCAAUUGAUCGAGGGUCAUUGUUCAGCACCUUGACAUGAUGCCUUGGAGACUGCCACAAGUCAUCUGUUGAGGCAAAAGUGAUCAUCACCUUUGACCACCAUUCAAUAAUCAGAAAGCAUAGAUGCAGAAUUAGAGUACCACUUAUGUGUCCUCGAGAUAUCGAGGUCGUGAAAUUAUGAGAUCAAUGUGCUUUGUAAAGACCUCUCAUACAUGCAUGGAAGGUCUGAAGAGUCCGAAGUUGUGCUCAUCUGACAGACUUUAUUUCACAUCAUCCUUUGUCCAAAGUCUCCACUAUAUGUAUAACUUUCUCCACGUCUUCUUAGAGCUCGGCUGUUUCUGCAUGGAAGUGGCAUCAAGCAUAUUAGACUCCGUAGGUAUACUAGAUACUCUAGUCUCGAGUAUAACCUCUUAAUUGUUCAAUUCUUCAUAAAUGUGUGUUCUUUAUCACAAGGAUCGGUGUUUUGGAUAUUGAGAUCAUCUCGAUCUUAAGCAGCAACUGGUUUGGGCGAUUGAUGCUGACGAAGGUCUUUGUCGACAUCAGUCCACACAAUCCACCAGAAUAGGAGGAGACUCCUAAGACAAAAUUCAAGCACCUGGAUUUUGAGUCUUUUAUAGAUCAGAUGAGUCAUUUCCUCAUAUAUAUCAAAUUAUUCGAGUUAAUUUUUUUCUGGCGGUGCUUUGUAUCCCAAAGUCCUCUUUGUAUAGAAGUUUGUUGAGAUCAGGGAAAAAAAUGAAUAACAUCACAAUAUGCGUGAGAGACGUAGGCGGAAGCAAAUCUUCGGAAGAUGCCUAUGAAGUCAUACUCUCUCUGUUUCUAGCGAAGGGUUGGGAACAAUGGGAACAGAGAGCAUCAAAUCGCUCAAUCCUGGUCGGUUGACCUUGAGGUCAAUGUUAUGGACAACAGUAAGACUCCACAAGAUUCAGCAGAAAGCCCGCACCACAAUCAAAAGAUGUCUAUUAUUAUAGUUUGAUAGAUUUCUUUGUGCGAGUAAUUUCAGCCAUGUUUAAUUCGCAGGCAGCUUAAAAAAAAUUCAUCCAUUGUCGUAUCUGUCAUUUCCUCUGGACUCGUUUGAUGAAGUGAGGGAAAAUUUACCAAAGGUAUUUGAUAUAGGGCAGAGGGAGGAAAAGCUUGGGAGUCUCCUAAUUUUUCUUUCUUUCUUGUAUUCUGGAUUGGAGGAAGGACAGGAAAGAAAAGUACAUAUCCACAAGGAUCUCUUAGUGCGAAGGAAAGUUUCUCUACGAUAGCGACACUUUCCUAGCUUUCAUUGUAGCAAAACUUUUAAUGUAUAAGCAUGAUAAUCCGAUCACAUCACCAUAACUACUGUACUUGCUAUAUCUUUCCGAUAGGUGCUCUAACCAUGGGAUAAGUGGAUUAAAGUGGGGUGUUGGGUCGUUAAAAGACGUUGAUAAGACUAAUAUUCUCUACAAAUAUAUUCUCGUAGCUCAACAAUGAUCCCCCUAUUUCUUCCACAAUAACUUCAAUGAAUGUUGUACAAAUAUCGACUCCAUCCUAUAUUUCAUAUGGUGACAUAUGAUGUUCAGUCGUAGAUAAAGAGGUUACAGAUUAGAACCCUGUAUGUGAUUACAGGGUUCUACUCCAAGCUGUUUCUAGGGUUCUGGUGAGUUGUAAGUAGCCUCCUUCAACCCAACGGAUACCUUUAUUCUUUUCACGACACACAUUUGAGGUGAACGUUUAGUUGUAUACCUCUUUGACAUGAACAGUUCCCUGCCUUCAUUGCAAGUCACCAGUUCUCACUUCAUAAACUGAAUUUCUUUUCUCUGGAGGCAACCAAUGUCGUGUCAAAGGCACACAUGAUGGUCGGGUUUUGUGUCUGUCUUGAUGCACGCAUCGAAUCUCAGAUUUGAAGAGGAAGAAGCUUCGUAUACAUCCCUCAUGACAGUAAAAGAUUUUCGGAGAAUUGCUGGUUGGGUGAAUCUAGGUUGUAAGCAUUCCUGUGUUGCUUUCAGUCGAUGGACUGUAGCUGCCCAGGUUAAAUAAAUAUGCACAAAAUCGUAAGAACCCAAUUCCCCCCCCACCCCACUAUUGAUGAAGUUGUAAGAUAGCGGUUGAAUCUUCCACAUCUGGAGAUUGUAUGGGCAGAAGGAAGAUUAACGAUAAGGGCAGCCAGACAUGCAGGAAAAGGUCGAAAAUAAGUGUUGGGUUGUGGAGUAAUGAGGCAAGCAACACUUCAGCACAACCCACCAUAUCGAGAAGCGAAACCGUAGCGUUAUACGAAGCCUUCGUCGUUGUCCACAUACACAUGUCAAUAGUGAAGAUUGAAUGAGGCGGCUGAUUCCAUGCCUCAAAAGCGUUCGGUUGCGAUAUCUUCUCUUUUCUGGUGCGUAAGACGGUCGUCAGGUUUCCUCUCUGUUCCGACUUUGGUUGUUCUAUGUGGAAGUUCACUCAAAUCAGUAACGUUGGGCGACGUUCCAUUUCGAGACAGUUAGCACCUUGCUUAGUAGCCGGCUGAAGUAAGACAUGACAAUAUUACUACUCGAAACAAGAAGAGACCUUCAGAGGAGCUCAUUUGUGGCACAAAAGCAUGAUUAUGGUUGAGUACAAGAAGGACUUUUCGCACCAGAGAUGCAGACGAGGUCUGUAUCUGGUCCCGUGAGAUUUGAGUUAUCCAUGAAACUCACAUUUAUUCCGUAAUGUUAUUCGUUCGUGUAUAGUCUAGCCUAUGAUCAGCUCAAUACUUGCCAUUGUAUCAGUGCGGGUUAGUUACCUCAGCGUAAUGAACAGCAGACGACUAGUUUUCUAAUCAUUUGGGAAAAGACUAAUGUUGUCCCAUCAGAAAUGGGGUUUUGACCUUCUUGCACAGGUUUAUGCAAUUUGAAAAGCUGGCAUCGAAGCAUCCAAUGUAGGAUCACAGAGUUUGCUCGGCAUCAAAAGAGAGACGUGAGUAGACAGUAAGCCAGUACAGGCACAAGCACCGAACCCAUCUCUUCUGCUAACGACGAGGCUAAAUGAAUAAUUCGAGAGUCCAGAAUUCGAGCACAGUACCUGAUCUAGUUUCUUUACACAGUACUUUGUGUCGAGGAAUUCAUGUUUCUUUGCCUCCUUGCUCAAAGACACGUAGUAAACAUGACAGAGCUACGAGUGGAGUUAAGCUCACUGAAGUCAUCAGCAGCAAUAGCGUCUGCACUUUAGACGAUAGCCAAUUCAAUGCACAUGGCUUCGAAAUCAGUCGCAGCAAUGACUGCUCGUCCAUCAGAAAAGGGUAGAGAAUCCACUUUUUGUCCUCGUUCGUUAGCUGUCAUGAGUAACAGAGGAGAGUAAGGUCUUACACUGCUCCCUUAAUUUUCACUCGUUGUUACAUACUCAGGAUUGGGACAUAAACAAACCUAAGCGCUUUGUUUAUAUGCUCAAGAAGCGCCCAGAUAUCACUGAUGUAAAGCUCCAAAGUAUUCACUGUUCAUAGCCACACAUGUUUUCAAGUACGGGUCUGAAGUACGAUUCCCACCCAGAGAGUUCCCAG